CCAAAAAUUAUACAUAUUAAUUUACUUAAAACAUGUAAAUAAAAUGGCAACAAACGGGGAUAUAGAUAACGUCGUCAUCACCAUAAACAAUGGCGGGAAAAGUGACAGCUGUCAAAACGAAAAUGGCGCGCUCCCCGAAAUCGAUCGUGUAAGUGAUAAUUGUGUUGAAAACUCUAAAAAUGUGCUCGGAGUACCCAGAAGUGGACACAGAAAGUCGGUCAUGGAGGAGGAAAGUGCGAAAGAGAGACUCAGGUUAGCACUUUUGAAACAGUGCUCUGCAAUAUUGAGGCAGAGUGAUCAACGAUACACUAAGGACACAUUGCACCGGACUUUUCAAGAUGAGGAUUUGUUGGAGCGUAUCUUCCGACUGUUCGACCUGGGCAGAGAGAAUCAUCUGGUGCAAGAAGACUGGAUAGAAUAUUUGAAAGAGCGGCUUACCGAAGAAAAACAAUUAGAUUUCGUGGAGCAGGUGGAGAGUGUGGCGUACGUGCUCUGCGGAAAUGGAGUGAUCACCUUGGACAACUUCCGGAGUAUACUGCAGAAUAAAGUUGUGACAAAGAAAUUGUUCCGAGUGGUCGAUACUGACGGUGAUGGUUUCGCGACAGCUGAAGAAAUAAUGGAUUUCCUCUCGACAGUCAGCAGUAGCAGACCACGCGUGGGCUUCGACAAGCAAAGCGUGGACCGGCUCGAGCAGUUGUUCCGCGAGACCGUAGGAGAUCAAAAAGAAAUCACUCGGGAGCAGUUCAAGAAAAUCGUCGUUUCUAAAAACCCCUUCUUCACGGAGCGCGUGUUCCAAAUAUUCGACGAGGAUGACUCCGGUGCGAUAUCGCUGCAGGAGUUCAUUGCGGCGGUGCACCAGUUCGCCGGUCAGACGCCAGAUGAUAAAAUACGGUUCCUGUUCAAAGUCUACGAUUUGGACGGCGACGGACUCAUUCAACACCGCGAGCUUCAGCAUGUCAUGAGAGCUUGCAUGGAAGAGAAUGGAAUGCAGUUCAGCGACGAGCAGUUACUGGACCUCACCACAGCUAUGUUCGAGGAUGCUGACACAGAACGUCGCGGGGAAAUAACUUAUGAUGCUCUGAAGAACCAACUCGCGAAACAUGGCGGGCUUCUGGAGAAUCUGUCUAUCAGUAUAGAUCGCUGGCUGGUGCCGCCCAAGCAAGAUCCUCAGCCAAUGUCUUUUCGACAGAAGUUGGCGAAGCUCAAGCCGUACCAGCUCUCGCUACCUUACUUCAAGAAUAACUACGUGUUUCUCGCGUACCUGGCUGUGUUCUCACUAGUCAACAUAGGACUUUUCGUCUCAAGAUGCUACGAGUACAGGAAUUCUAAUGGAUUCGUCAUACUUGCUAGAGCUUGUGGUCAAUGUCUAAACUUCAACUGCGCCUGGGUGCUGGUCCUGAUGUUGCGGUACUGUAUCACACAGCUGCGAGUGCGCGGGUUCAGCUCCGUACUACCGCUCGACCACCACAUCUACCUGCACAAGAUCACCGGGGUCCUCAUCUGCGUCUACAGCUUUGUGCAUACUGUCAUGCACCUUUGUAAUUUUAGCAUGGUGGUAGUAAACGACCCAGUGCUGAACGCUCAGAACUGGACCCUGUACGAGUGGUUGCUGACGGAGCGGCCGGGGCUGUUCGGGCUGGUGCACGGCGCGGCCAACCCCACGGGCGCCGCGCUGCUCGUGCUGCUCGCCGUGAUGCUGCUGUGCAGCCAGCCCUGCGUCAGACGAGGGGGGAGCUUCGAGGUAUUCUACUGGACCCACCUUCUGUACGUUCCGUUCUGGUUGCUGCUGAUAUUCCACGGGCCCAACUUCUGGAAGUGGUUUGUGCUGCCCGGCACGCUAUAUGUUCUCGAGAGGAUCAUGAGACUCGCUUGGAUGAGGUCAGAACGCGGUAAAACCUACAUAUCAUCAGGUAUCUUGCUGCCCUCCCGCGUCACUCACUUGGUCAUCAAACGGCCGAACCAUUUCGAGUUCCACGCGGGAGACUAUGUGUUCCUGAACAUUCCUGCCAUCGCGUCUUAUGAAUGGCAUCCGUUUACUAUCAGCAGUGCGCCGGAGCAGGAAGAUUAUCUGUGGAUACAUGUGCGUGCUGUAGGAGAGUGGACGAGUCGCCUGUACGAGUACUUCGAACGGGAACAAGCGAGACUGCACGCUCAACAAAUGCCCAACAAAGCCAUUGAAGACUCCAACCAUAAAAAAGCCACCAGAACUCUCUCAAGCCUGAGUGCGAAGUUGAAGAGGCGCAGCUCCGGUAACAGUGCGAAGAAGAGAUCAGUGGACUUCUCACCAACCAGCUAUACCAACGAGAGCUUCGAACUAGACGAGGAUAAGGAGAAUGAAGACCAUAAUGGACAUAUUGAGGCAAGUUCACCAAUAUCAUGCAAAAACCUGAACCCAGGGCUAUUAGCACCGCAGCGACAUUUAGAGAAGUCGGUUUCGAUGCCAGACGUUCAAAAGAAUAUUAAGAAGAGGCAAAGGAUUUUGGCCCUGCGCGAGUUCAUGCGCUGCGAGUCGGAGCGCAGCUUCGCGUCGCAGUCGCUGUCGCGCGCGCGCUCGCGGGCCCCGGCGCGCGCCGACUCGCGCCCGCAGCACCGCGCGCUCGCGCACUCCUUCCGCUACAUGCGCAACAAGCCCACCAUCAUCGCCUUCAAGGCGCCCUGCGGCGACGACAGGAGGAGCUCGGGCGACAGCAUACUGGCUGCUGCUAGAAGAAGAUUGUCAAAAAGCAUAUCACCUGACAGAGAUGUGGAGGCAGAAAGACCUACAGUGAACGUCAUCAGUCCGUCCGAAUCAUCCACUUGCGACAGCUCGUUAUCCAACUAUCCCAUCGGGAAACCACUGGAGGUGUUCGUGGACGGUCCAUACGGCGCAGCGUCGUCCCGCAUCUGGAGCGCGCAGCACGCGGCGCUGGUGGCGGCGGGCAUCGGCGUGACGCCGUUCGCGUCGAUCCUGCAGGCGGCCGCGCAGCGACACCGCGCCGCGCGCCUCACCUGCCCCGCCUGCGCGCACGCCUUCAGCGCCCCCGCCGUGCACUCGCGACACACGCUCAACAAGGUGGACUUCUUCUGGAUAAACCGUGAGCAGCGGUCGUUCGAGUGGUUCGUGUCCCUCCUCUCCCAGCUGGAGAUGGAGCAGGCGGAGCUGGACGGGCAGGACCGUUUCUUGGACAUGCACAUGUACAUCACCAGUGCGUUGCAGAAGUCCGAUAUGAAGGCGGUCGGGUUGCAGCUCGCCUUGGAUCUGUUGCAUGAAAAGGAAAAACGCGACCUCAUAACAGGUUUGAAGACGCGCACGAACGCCGGCCGACCAAACUGGGACAAAGUGUUCAAGCAACUCCAAGAACAGAACAAGGGGAAGGUCACGGUAUUCUACUGUGGACCUCCACAACUAGCAAGGAUUCUGCGAGUUAAGUGCGAUCAGUUCGGAUUUAAUUUUAGGAAGGAAGUGUUCUAGAUCAUUCUAUUGUCUACUGCUGGGCUUGAGCAUUCAUGUCUAAAGCUGCUGGGUUUAUUUGCUGUGUGGCUUUAAUUGUAAGAUUUACAUCUAAAAUUAAAUUGAUAUAGGUUUUAUUAAAUUUAAUUCGCAAAUGAAUAAUAUUGAUAUGUUUGAAAAUGGGCUUUAUUACAUUAACUGGACUAUUAAUUACUAUAAAUAUGACUAAAAUAAAUGCUAUUCAAUUCCGAAACGUACGCUUUAGUCAGUGAUAUAGUCCUUAAUUUAUUUUUUGAACGAGAUUUCUAUAUACUUCUUCACAAGAGCACCAGCAGUGAGACAAUAUUGUACAUAAACAUGGGUUCGUAGACUUCUCAGGCCACAAAGAUAGUCGUCCUAGAUGUAUUUUUGCCUUAAAUAAGAACUGCUAAAUAUACCGUUGCCAUGAAUGAAUCUUGUUGCUCACAAUUUUUUAUUUUUAAUAAUUAGCCUAAAAGGCAAAGGAAAGUUGAAGUACAACUAUGAAGUUUGAAAAAAUAUUUUUAAUAAAUACUUUAAGAUGGAUGGCCAGAAAAAAAUGUGUACAUUUUUAUAGUUUGUAACUUUUUUUGGUUGUUUACCUUAGAAGUUUGUGCUAUAAAAGUUGUGUUGACUAUUCCGUACUAUAUUUCUUCUUUCUAUAGAUCAUAGAGUUUUUACGUUGACAAACCAUAAUUUAAUUCAAUAUGGCUGACAUUUAUAGUUCCAAUUUCAAAGUAUUAUUCAAGCUUUGCUCAGAUUUCAUUUCAUGAUGAAAUUAAUUGGUUCCUUUUUUAAAUGUUUUAUUUUUUUAUUUUUGUUUUUAAGCCAGCUUCUUUUACUUUUUUCUACCUAACAGUCUACCUUCCUUUUCAAUCUUCGCGAAGCUUCUUGUUGACAUUUUAAUUUAUUUAUUAUGGCGAUCAUAUUUCUAGUAAAUAUAAAGUGCCUAAUUUAAAUUAUUUGUAUAUAAUUAAUUGUAAUUUUUAAAUGAGUUUCGUAUAUAUACCAGUGCUAAAGACAAACUAUUUUCUGACAUUUAUUUUAAUUAUCUAAGAUUUGGAACUCUUGCUUUCCUCAAAUAUCUGACCCUAAAUUAGACAAACAGGGUCUAUAGUAGUCAAGUAAACGGUUAAAAAGAAGAAGUGAAUAUUCGAGUCCAAGAGGACAUUGUGGCUUCCGUUAAAGCGACCCAGUAAUGAAAUAUAUUAUCUAGACAGGUGAUACUUUCAGUCAUUUUAUGUUUAUAUUAUACCAAUAUCUACGUUAGAGUAUGAAUAAAGUAUACAAAGUAGGUGCGCCUGACGGUGCUUUGAACUAAAUGGUCCACCCAUUUAACAUUAUAAAUUUAGUAAAUGCUUUUUACUCGUUUGAAAAAGUGAAUACUAACGUAUUUCAGUGAUGAGCCAAUACUAACCUAUAAGCAAGACUUCCAAAUUUUGGUUUACAAUUCAAAACCUAGCGAACGAAAAAAAAUGUUUGUAAAAGUAAAUAUCGAGUAAAGGAUAAUUAAAAUGUGAGUUUAGUUCUUCACAUUUCAUUUCCUUCCUUCAGGUCUUCACAUCAUCAUAAUAUUUUUUCAUGAAGGCAGAUAUGACAUUUCUAUACAAUUGUUAAAAUGCAUGACAGUUACCGUAAGUUAUCGUUUUGUAUGUAUUGUUUGUAAUAAAUAUUUGUUAUAACAA